UCCCAAUUCCUCAUUCUUUCAUUUCAGAGGUGAAAUGGCUCGUCUGCUGCUGUAUGUUGUCCUAGCCGUUAGUCUGUCUGUAGUUCAGCAGAUCCUGAACGUUUUACAAACCCCGAAUUAUAAGUACACGACGGAAUAUGUAUAUCGAGCAACCCUUCCUACUACCAAUUUGAGUGAAAAGGAAGAAAAAGUUUUCCUUCAAGAAGAAACGUUUGCUCUCAGAGAAUUUAAACACGACCCAAGAGGCAACAAAAAUCGCUCGGGGCUUCGGAUGCUUCCGUCCCUGUACUCCCACCGGCCGGCCGUCAUUGCCAAGUACUCCUCGCCGUCGCCUUCCUUGGCGGAGUUCAUCGAGAAGUUCAAGGAAGACAUGGCAGUCCGAGGAGUGGCUGGGGAUCCCUGGGCGUUGGCACGGAAGUGGGCUGGUCCGAAGUCGCUGGUUCCUGAAUCUGCCCCUGGCUUGGGUGACGUCCUGGCUGCCCUGUCCUCUGCCCCGAUCGUAGCAGCCGAUUCUUUUAAGGAAGGAAACCAGCUCAAGUUUUUAUUGAAAUUUCAAGGAAAUCAGAAAGCCAUUUUUAAAGUAAUGAGGUACAAUCGUUCGGCAGUAAUUACAAUCAUGAACUCGGGGAAUGAUCGCCACAACGGGGAAAUCGCCGCCUUCCACACUGCUAGACUCCUGGGGCUGCAAAUGGCCCCGGUGGCUGUAGGUCGCAGAAUACAUCUAGCAAAGGAAAUCUUACCUGUAGCUUCAAAGAGGCUUGCUAAAACCUUUUGCAUCGAUGAAAGCGGCCAGGUGUGCUUCUAUGCUGACUGCGAUAAUAGCCAACAGAAAAAUGCACGAUGUACUACGAAAAAUAACAUGACAGAAGGUGUUGUGAUUAUGUGGAUACCAGAGCACAUUAAUUUAUUAGAAAUGAAUUAUCCUUGGCGACAUUAUUACAAAAGCAAAGGUCCAGCCACGUGGGAAAAAGAUGAACGUUAUUGCGACAAAAUCCAACGCGGUGAUUUGGCCAAUAAACUCUUGGACUUCAUGGACAUGUCUGUCCUCGAUUUCCUGAUACAGAAUACAGACAGACAUCACUUCUUUCUUGCUGCCGGGGAUCCUGACGCGUCGGUGAUACCAGUAGACAAUGGUAGAAGUUUUGGGGAUCCUGAUAUUGAUUACAUGGACAUUUUGGCUCCAGUCUUACAGUGCUGCAGGAUCCGGGCGGCGACGCGCGCGCGGCUGGUCCUGCUGAGCGGCGGCGGGCUGUCCCGGGCCCUGAGGGAGCUCCUGGGCCUCGACCCGCUCGCCCCCGUGCUCGCCGACGCCCACCUCCGCGCCCUGGACCGCCGCCUCGCGCACGUCCUCGCCGCCCUCAGCGCCUGCAGCGAGAGGAAGGGCGGAUGGCACAACGUGCUUUUCUGAAUCUCUUUCUCUCUCUCUCUCUCUCUCUCUCUCUCUCUCUCUCUCUCUCUCUCUCUCUCUCUCUCUCUCUCUCUCUCUCUCUGUC